CAGGGAAAACAAGGAAGGGUCUAAUAUGCUGGAUGACUCAUGACAGUGUUUUAAUCGUUCCUAAAUUAUUGAGAUGGAUUAUGUUGUAUGGUCACACCUAAACUUGUUGGCUACUUGGAUUUUACUUGCACAAAGAAGCUGGGGGGGGUUUUUGGGUGGAGGGGGGGUUAGUAAAAAGACAUCAACAUUUGAUGUAAACUUGCAGAAAAAUUUCCUGAGCAACCACCACUUUUGAAUAAACAAAAAAAAGUUUUUACUACCAAAAGUCAUCACCUGAGGACAUUGUGGACUUUGUUGACUGCAAGCAGAUCUUAAAUAAAGAAUAUGACUACCCAAGUGAAGCAGAAUUCCACUUUGGUCCACACAAUGGCAAAGGUCUAUGACCCAAAAGCCAUGAAGAACCAAGGGACUAACGCCACCACUGGCACAGCACACAGGCUGCCUGCGGUGUCAAGCAAAAACUCUGUGGACAGCUUUAACCUAAUGGAUAUCAAGAUCGACUCUUUAAGUAGCAAAAUAGACAAACUCAUCACCACUCAAGAAAAGUUUCUCCAUAAGCUUGACAGCAUGUCGGAAGAUAUUGUCAAAAUCGAAAAUGAUGUUGAGAUAUUGAAGGUGGACAAAGAAGAAACCAUCCAAGCUACUAGCAAGCCCCAGGAGGUGGAAACUUCCAAGGGGAUUAAAGAAAUAUGUGUAGAAAUGAUGAAUAUGCUGUCCACUGUGAACCACAGAACACAGCAAGAGGCAACAAGAUUGGAUGGGAUGGAAAAAAUAGUUAUUGGCAUCCAGCAGGUCAUAAGCUUCAUCGGAGAAACGGUUAAGAAUUCCAGAAUUCUUGAGUUUAUUCUUAAAGGCCAGGUUUUUCCGAACCGGAGUGCCGCCAAUGAGGAGAGAGCAGCAAACCAAAAGCAUAAACAAAUAAGUACCAAGAAGAAUGAGUCCUCUGACAAAAGUGCAGUCGUGAAUAAGAAAACUGAAAAGUCGAGGGAUCACAAAGCAAAAGAUGUAAAGGAAAAGUCAUACUCAAGUCUGAAGAGGCUGAAAUCCCAGAAAAAGAAGAAACCCCCAGAUGCUACAAAGGCUGCUCAGAAAAAUGAUUGGAUAUUGGAUGAAAAACUUCAAAAGCUAAACAAACAAAAUGUUGAAAAAUCAGAGAAGAUCCCUUUGCCACAAGAAAAAACUCAAGUGGUAGAUGAGGAGGUCCAGUCUACUGCUGUCCAUACACAGACACAAGAGUUACUUGUUCCAGUCACUUCCAAUGAUUUAGCCAUUGUGGGUAUCUGUCCUGCUGAAGAAAGAAAGCAGGAGAUGGUCACCACUGAGGUGGACAGCCAAAAGAAACAUGAAGAAACUCUUACAUCACUGAUAUCAGAUGGUACAGUACUUGAAGAUGAGGUGAAGGAGGAACAAGGCGACCUUGGGGAAGCAUCCAAAACGAAGGAUCAGGAGGAAGAUGGAACAGAAAAAGAGGCACAAUCCUUGUCUGAAUUUGAAGAUGAAGAUGUGGAUGAAGAAGAAGGAGAUGAUGAACAAGAAAAAACAGAGACAGAAGAAACAACUGAAGCAGAUGAAGUUUCCCCAACAGAAGAAUCAGUUCCAGAUACUUGCCUUUUGGAAGGUGCAGAUGAAACAGAGAAUGGGCUCCAUGCAGAAACACAGCUCUAUGAAAUCCUUGGUGGGAUAAACAAAAAUUGUACUGUGGUACUUCAGAGGUAUGAGGACAGUGAGAAGGAAGUACUGUUAUCAGAAGAAACGGGAGGAAAGCAGGCCAGUGAAAGUGAACACUUGGACGACAGCACCGGCAGCAAGCGUAGAGUGUCCAAGGAGGAUCUGGUGAAGAAUGACAACAAGAAGAGCCGAGUGGAGUCUGAGACUGAAGAACCUCAGCCAGGGGAGAUUCUAGAGCCAGCCCAGUCCGAAUGUGUUGCUGAGGAGACCAAUGAAACAUGCAUUUCCUUAGAAGAGGACAACAAUAACCAGAAGUUUAUUAUUGAUGUCAGCCCUCCUCCUCCUGCUCCCUUUGAACACCGGGUUGUCUCUGCUAAACCAGCUGAGAUAACUCAAUUCUACACCCUCAACAAGAAGGAGAUUCUCGGAGGAGGACGCUUUGGUCAAGUUCACAAGUGUGUUGAAAAUUCUUCAGGUCUCACAUUAGCUGCAAAAAUCAUAAAAGCCAAAGGUACAAAAGAAAAGGAGGAAGUAAAGAAUGAAAUACAAGUAAUGAACCAGCUGAAGCAUGCCAGCCUUAUCCAGCUGUAUGCAGCAUUUGAAUCCAAAAAUGACCUGAUACUGGUCAUGGAAUAUGUGGAUGGAGGAGAACUUUUUGACAGAAUCAUUGAUGAAAACUAUUAUCUAACAGAGCUGGACACAGUUUUAUUUAUCAAACAGAUCUGUGAUGGAGUCCAAUAUAUGCACCAGAUGUACAUUCUGCACUUAGACUUGAAGCCUGAAAAUAUCCUAUGUGUGAACCGAGCCACCAAUAAGAUAAAGAUUAUUGACUUUGGUUUAGCAAGAAGAUACAAACCAAGAGAAAAGCUAAAAGUGAAUUUCGGAACGGCAGAAUUCCUUGCUCCUGAGGUUGUGAACUAUGACUUUGUCUCGUUUCCUACAGACAUGUGGAGUUUAGGGGUGAUUACAUACAUGCUACUCAGUGGCCUAUCUCCGUUUCUUGGAGAGGAUGACAACGAGACACUAAAUAACAUCCUGGUUUGUCAGUGGAGCUUUGAAGAAGAAGAAUUUGGAAACAUCUCAGAGGAAGCCAAGGACUUUAUUUCAAAGCUCCUUAUCAAAAACAAGUGUUGGCGAAUAAGUGCAACAGAGGCUCUCAAACACCCCUGGUUAUCAGACCCAUGUCUUCACUUCCGACUUCAGCAGCAGAAAAACAAGUGCCACUCAUCACACACACCAGGAAAAGAAUAACCUUUCAGAAAACUGAAAUGUUUAAGAUAAACACACGCUGGUUGCUGUUGUCAUCAGCUAGCAAAACACUGAUGACAUGAGCCUCAGUCAGCUGGACCAACACCACUAAGCCUGUAUGAUAAUGGACAAGAAAUAACACCUACAUCUGUAUAUUGAGAACUUCAAAAUAUAUUGAUUGAGAAAAAUUGCAUUUCAAAGAUAUUGUUAGUUAAAUGUAUUAUAAUAUUUAAUUUGGUAAAACUUUAAGUCUACAAAAUGUCAGAAUUCUUAUUUUGGAUGUCAAAGUCAGACACAAAGCAUUGACCAUAUAGUCACAAUAUGAACACAAGCGUUAAUGCCAUUGAACAUGUUCAAUUGAAUUCAAUACAAAUACAUUAAAAAGAAGGCAUUCGUAAUGGCAAUGAAAUACGUGGCUUUGGCUCCUUCCCCAGAGACAGCCUAAGCACUGGACAAAGUACAGCUUAUCCAACUAGAGGAUGGGAUAGUGGAACCGUUGAUGUGAAUACACAUUACGCUGCAUAUUCUCUACACCAGAAUUGCUAUAAAACUUAAUUUGAUUUAAAGUUUCAGAAACAUAAUGCAUGGUUGAAGUACAAUAGCAUGCUUGCUUAUCAUACAGGUCUCAUAAGUGAAAAGUUAUACAAGUACUGUCAAAAAGUCAGCACUACAUAGCCAGUAUUGCUGCACUGCAGUGUGGUGCACAGCACAACCCUUGAAUUCGGAACGUACAGUGCCUAUAGAAAGUCUACACCCCCUUCCAAAAUUUUCACCUUUUGUUGCCUUCUAGCCUGAAAUUAAAA